AUGUCUAGAGACUUCCCACCAGCUACAACUAGCACAGCCUCACUAAAUUAUGACAGUGCAUUGACAACGUUUUCCAACUACAAUGUUGCCGUUGCUUAUCAACCAAAAGAUAGAAAGCCAAAUUCAAACAUGUUUGAAAAAUCCAAAUCGAGUCCUGCUUUGGUUUCGCCAAGUGGUGAAGACAACUUGUUUGUUUUUUUCAUGGGUGCUGGAUGGAUCAAUUGCAGCGGGAGUAGCAGAUGGAUUUGCUCAACCCACAAGGAAAUUUUCACCUCAUUAGUUGUGAGUACCGAGGGGAUGUACGCUUUAAUUGCAGCAACGCAAAUGCUUUAUGAAGGUCAUUUAGUACUUAUUGAUUGUAUUUUAAGGCAUUUUCAUUCAAUCAAGUAUUUAAAAGUUAUUCUGAGGCGGUUCUUUUAUUGGGUGGAAAAUUCAGAUGUUGAUUUUUGCGACGCUAUACCAGGUUACAUUCGAGCUUGUAAAUUGAAGACAAUAUUUAUUUUCAACCAGUACAUUCGAAGACCAAGAAGGAAACUAGUUCAACCAGAGGAAGAAAGAACUUGGUUUUAUUUACCUCUCGGAACACGUCAAAGUGUAAUUAAUUUGGCCAGUCAGUUAUCGAACAUAACUACGUUGUUGAUGGAUUUCGAUCAGUGUGUCAAUUAUUCAAAUGUGUUUACGAAUAUGAAAUUGAGGAAAUUAUCGAUCAAGCGAUUACGGAUGCCAAACAAUUUCAUUGUUGAUGAAGUUUUCAAUACGGAAAACCUUCAAGAAUUGACACUAGUGGUGUCUUCUCCGUUGAAUAGAUUUUUCUCGGUACUUGAAUUGGAUACGAAAUACCCACGAUUAUUUCUGCUUUGCUUACAGUAUAGAAAAACAAACGAAAAGGAUAGCUACGCCAAUGACUUGUUAAACUACAAACACAAGACGUUGGAAAUGCUCACUGUUUGUUAUGGCUCACCAAGGCAGGUGCCUAUCAAGACAAUGUGCAGUUUAUCAUCCCCGUUCCCAGUAGCAAGCAUAAAUUUGUGGUUCUACUGGGAACUAGAAUGUCAGGAUGAAGAUAGUGAGAAAAUAAUCAUGAUGAGCCCUAGAGUACCUCAUGGAAUUGUGGGAGUUCAUUUGUUAUACAUUGACCAGACUGGCCUUGAUGAAUGGUUGAUGAGUAUAAAAAAGGACGCGAAACACGAGGAAUUUUCUACACCCAAAGCGUAUUAUACGCAGUGGGAAUUGUAUCAAAUCUUUGCCAAAUGCUGCCGAGAAAGAAAGAAUUUCAUAUUACCUCGAGAUAGAUUGUUUAGACAGUACGAGAGCAUUCAGAAAAGAUUUCCAUUACCGAAAGAUUAUGUUGCUUGA